UAUUUACACUCCACCUCGCUUUUAUUAUCACCGGAAAACAUCGAAAUGACGUCAUACUGUCAAAUCGAAUUUGACAGUUCAUUCCUACGAUAAAAACACCAAAUAAUAUUGAACGUUCCGGGAAAAAAUGGGUUCGCGAGGAAUACUCCAAAUUAUUGCACAGAAAAGUUUUAGCUUUUUAAACCACAGAUUCCCAUGCCGGUCUGCACCCAUCGGAGUUGCCAAUUCUGCAGUCGCCAUGGUUGCUGCGUGUAAUUGUAUCAUCACGAAUCGACAACCCAUCCGCAGACACUUGUUCACGCCUGCGGUCACCAACGACCGUCAUCUCCAGCGAACGCCAUGUAGUUCAAGAAGUAACACUCUACAGAGCACGCGGUCGUUUUACACUUCAAACAUUCUCCGUAAAAAAGACUAUUACAACACACUUGGUGUGACGAAAAACGCUUCACCAAAAGAAAUCAAAAAGGCUUAUUACAAGCUUGCGAAAAAAUAUCACCCCGACACAAACAAGGACGAUCCGAAUGCAGGAAAGAAAUUUCAGGAAGUUUCUGAAGCCUACGAGAUACUAAGCGAUGAAACUAAGCGUCGUGAGUAUGACACAUUUGGACAAACUUCAGAACAGAUGGGUCGCUCGGGCAAUGGUCCAGGAUCGAAUGCAGGACCGCAGGGAUUCUCACAAAACUGGCAGUUCCGUUCUACAAUCGAUCCAGAGGAGCUAUUCCGGAAGAUCUUUGGAGACGGUGGAUUUCAGUCAGGGUUUGAUGAUUUCAGCGAUUCCAAGUUUGGAUUCGGCGGUGCUCAGGAAGUCAUGAUGAAUCUUACCUUUGCCCAGGCCGCACGGGGUAUUAAUAAGGACAUUGACGUGAAUGUGAUUGAUACAUGUCCCAAGUGUACUGGUUCACGGUGUGAACCGGGCACUAAACCGGGCAAGUGUCAGUAUUGCAAUGGUACCGGCAUGGAAACCAUUUCAACAGGUCCGUUUGUGAUGCGAUCGACAUGUCGCUACUGUCAAGGUACUCGGAUGUAUAUUAAACAUCCUUGUCUGGAAUGUGGUGGCAAAGGGCAAACUGUACAGAGAAAACGGAUAACAGUACCGGUACCGGCUGGAGUUCAGGAUGGGCAAACAGUUCGGAUGAAUGUUGGAAGCAAGGAGAUCUUCAUUACAUUUAGAGUCGAAAAAAGUCGCUAUUUCCGAAGAGACGGUGCAGAUGUACACACGGAUGCAAAUAUUUCAGUCUCACAGGCUGUACUUGGUGGAACGAUACGGGUUCAAGGGGUGUACGAAGAUCAGACGAUUCAAAUUACACCCGGAACCUCUUCUCAUACUAUAAUAACGCUGACCGGAAAGGGUUUGAAGCGGGUGAAUAGCUACGGUAGCGGACAUCAUUAUGUACAUUUGAAAAUUCAAAUUCCAACUAAGCUUACACCCAAACAAAAAGCGCUUAUACAGGCGUAUGCUGAACUGGAAGAUGAUACACCCGGUCAGAUAAUGGGCGUUACUUUUAAAACCGACGGUAAGUCUUCAACUUCCAGUUCAGGCUCCACCAAAGGAACAUCCAUAUAUGUUACCAUGCCCUCUUCCUCUUCCUCUUGGCCCUCUUCAAACGUAUCUGGGAAGUAUACACAAGGUGCCCGUGAUGAAGAAGAUCACGAUGCGUAUAAACCGUUUGAUUCAACUGGUGCUCAUGAAUAUCGCAAGGAACGUUUCGAUUCGCGAUUUUACUACGCCUUUGGGGCACUGUUUGUGAUGGGUUGGUUUGUGUAUUACACACACAAUCAGACAAACGCACAAUUCGAACGUGAACGAUUGGCAAUUCUCGAGCGGCAACGGAUGGCCCGCGGAGGCCACAAAGAUGUGACUAGCCCGUUCGAUGAGGCUUGAACGGAAAAGAGCCGACAAGCAGCAUCAUUAAACAACGAUUGUUAAGUGGUGUUGAGGGUGCUAGAUCGAAAUAAGCAGAUAUGUUAACAUUGGAAACAAAAACAAGCUUUUGUUAAUAAAUAACCAACAGUCACCCUUAACAAUCGUUGUUUGCAUUUUUAGCAUAGUGUUCCUAGUUUCUACGCAAUCCUUUAAUUUUUGUGUUCAUGUUAUGUUU